CGCGGCCGCCGCAGCACCGGCCGGGACUGGGAGGGGGCGGCCGAGGCGAGCCAGGGGGCGCGGGCCCCGGGAGCCGGACCCCGCUGCAGGGCAUGAGGAGCUGAGCGUCUCGAGCGAGGCGGGCUGACGGCAGCACCAUGCAGGCGGCGGCGGCGGCGGCGGCGGCGGCGGCGGCCGCGUCCGUGCCCUUCCUGCUGCUCUGCGCCCUGGGGACCUGCCCCCCGGCGCGCUGCGGCCGGGCAGGAGACGCCUCGUUGACGGAGCUGGAGAGGAGGGACGAAAACCGCUUCCUGGAGCGCCAGAGCAUCGUGCCACUCCGGCUCCUCUACCGCUCGGGCGGCGAAGACGAAACUGGACACGACGCUCUCGACACGCGGGUGCGGGGCCACCCCGCCGGCGGGCAGUUGACUCAUGUUGACCAGGCAAGCUUCCAGGUUGAUGCCUUUGGAACAUCCUUUAUUCUUGACAUCAUGCUAAACCAUGAUUUGCUGUCCUCUGAAUACAUAGAGAGACAUGUUGAACAUGGAGGGAAGACAGUGGAAGUUAAAGGAGGAGAACACUGCUACUACCAGGGCCACAUCCGAGGAAACCCUGAUUCAUUUGUUGCAUUGUCAACAUGCCAUGGACUUCAUGGGAUGUUCUAUGAUGGGAACCACACCUAUCUCAUUGAACCAGAAGAAAAUGACACCUCUCAAGAGGAUUUCCAUUUUCAUUCGGUUUACAAAUCCAGACUAUUAGAAUUUCCCUUGGAUGAUCUUCCAUCUGAAUUUCAACAAGUACACAUCACUCCACCAAAAUUUACUUUGAAGCCAAGACCAAAAAGAAGUAAACGGCAGCUUCGUCGACAUCCUCGUAACGUAGAGGAGGAGACCAAAUAUAUUGAGCUGAUGAUUGUGAAUGAUCAUCUAAUGUUCAAAAAACAUCGGCUUUCUGUUGUACACACCAAUACAUAUGCGAAAUCUGUAGUGAACAUGGCAGAUUUAAUAUAUAAAGACCAACUGAAGACAAGGAUAGUAUUGGUUGCCAUGGAAACCUGGGCAGCUGACAACAAGUUCGCCAUAUCUGAAAAUCCACUGAUCACGCUACGUGAGUUUAUGAAAUACAGGAGGGAUUUUAUCAAAGAGAAGAGUGAUGCAGUUCACCUUUUUUCGGGAAGUCAAUUUGAGAGUAGCCGGAGCGGGGCAGCUUAUAUUGGUGGGAUUUGCUCGUUGCUGAAAGGAGGAGGCGUGAAUGAAUUUGGGAAAACUGAUUUAAUGGCAGUUACACUUGCCCAGUCAUUAGCCCAUAAUAUUGGUAUUAUCUCAGACAAAAGAAAGUUAGCAAGUGGUGAGUGUAAAUGUGAGGACACGUGGUCUGGAUGCAUAAUGGGAGACACUGGGUAUUAUCUUCCUAAAAAGUUCACCCAGUGUAAUAUUGAAGAGUAUCAUGACUUUCUGAAUAGUGGAGGUGGUGCCUGCCUUUUCAACAAACCUUCUAAGCUUCUCGAUCCUCCUGAGUGUGGCAAUGGCUUCAUUGAAACUGGAGAAGAGUGUGAUUGUGGGACCCCGGCAGAGUGUGUCCUUGAAGGAGCAGAAUGUUGUAAGAAAUGCACCUUGACUCAAGAGUCUCAAUGCAGUGAUGGUCUUUGUUGUAAAAAGUGCAAGUUUCAGCCUAUGGGGACCGUGUGCCGAGAAGCGGUAAACGAUUGCGAUAUUCGUGAAACAUGCUCGGGAAAUUCAAGCCAGUGUGCCCCCAAUAUUCAUAAAAUGGAUGGAUAUUCAUGUGAUGGUAUUCAGGGGAUUUGCUUUGGAGGAAGAUGUAAAACCAGGGAUAGGCAAUGCAAAUACAUCUGGGGGCAAAAGGUAAUGGCAUCAGAUAAAUACUGCUAUGAGAAACUCAAUAUUGAAGGGACCGAGAAGGGUAACUGUGGGAAAGACAAAGACACGUGGAUACAGUGCAACAAACGGGAUGUGCUUUGUGGUUACCUUUUGUGCACCAAUAUUGGUAAUAUACCCAGACUUGGAGAACUUGAUGGUGAAAUCACAUCUACUUUAGUUGUGCAGCAGGGAAGGACAUUAAACUGCAGUGGUGGGCAUGUGAAGCUUGAAGAAGAUGUAGAUCUUGGCUAUGUGGAAGAUGGAACUCCUUGUGGUCCCCAAAUGAUGUGCUUAGAACACAGAUGUCUUCCGGUAGCUUCCUUCAACUUUAGUACUUGCUUAAGCAAUAAAGAAGGCACUGUUUGUUCAGGAAAUGGAAUUUGCAGUAAUGAGCUGAAGUGUGUUUGUAACAGACACUGGAUAGGUGCAGACUGUAGCACUUACUUCCCUCACAAUGAUGAUGCAAAGACUGGUAUAACUCUUUCUGGCAAUGGUGUUGCUGGUACCAAUAUCAUAAUAGGCAUAAUCGCUGGCACCAUUUUAGUGCUGGCCCUCAUAUUAGGAAUAACUGCAUGGGGUUAUAAAAAUUAUCGAGAACAGAGACAGUUACCCCAGGGAGAUUAUGUAAAAAAGCCUGGAGAUGGCGACUCUUUUUAUAGCGACAUUCCUCCCGGAGUCAGCACAAACUCAGCAUCUAGUUCUAAGAAGAGGUCUGCUUUUCUGUCGCAUUUUCAGAUUUCUACCUGUUCCAUCACACAUUAUUCCAUUAGUCAGAACAUUUCAUUAUUUUGCAGCAGGUCAAAUGGGCUUUCUCAUUCUUGGAGUGAAAGGAUUCCAGACACAAAACAUAUUUCAGACAUCUGUGAAAACGGACGACCUCGAAGUAACUCUUGGCAAGGUAACCUGGGAGGCAACAGAAAGAAAAUCAGAGGCAAAAGAUUUAGACCUCGGUCUAAUUCAACUGAGUAUUUAAACCCAUGGUUCAAAAGAGACUAUAAUGUAGCUAAGUGGGUAGAAGAUGUGAAUAAAAACACUGAAGGACCAUACUUUAGGACUCUGUCUCCUGCCAAGUCUCCCUCUUCAUCAACUGGGUCUAUUGCCUCUAGCAGAAAAUACCCAUACCCAAUGCCACCACUUCCUGAUGAAGAAAAGAAAGUGAACCGACAAAGUGCCAGGCUAUGGGAGACAUCCAUUUAAGAUCAACUGUUUACAUGUGAUACAUCAAAACUGUUUACUUCAACUUUUAUAGAAACCCAGCCUCACGGAAUCACUACAAAUCUAUCUGCUCUUCAGACAAUACAAAGACCCUCUGAGAUAACACAGAGGAGAGAGGAAGCCGAGUCUCACAUCUGGAUACCAUUUUCUUUUUGUCAUUGGUUUAGGAUUUAUCCAAACCAUGAAAAGAACUACUGAAAUGUUACACUAAAACAUGGAACAAUAAAGGUACUGGUAUGUUAAUGGAUAAUCCGCAUGACAGAUACAUGUAGAAAUAUCACUAAAAUUAACUCACAUGACCCAAAUGUAGCAAGUUUCCUAAGGGGUAAUGGUGGAUUCAGAACUGACAUUCUGAAGCACAUCCUCAUGUAGACAGUAAUGCUAGUGCAUGAAGCUUCUGUUUAUUGCAAUUUCCACAUUUAAGGAAACAACAUCCCAUAAUAGAAACUAGCAUGCAGGGCUAAGGCAUACAGGAUUUUUCUGCAGGACUUUAAAGCUUUGAGAGGCCAAUAUCCCUUGUGUUAACUCUAAACAUGUAUCUUUAUUUUUGUUUUGUUUUUUUUACUUUUCAUAUUUAUAUCAGCAUACAAGGACAAUUGUACAUAUGUAAACAUUUUUAAAAUAAAAAAAAGCAGCUGUUACACACAAGUGUAUUUUGCCAAAUGCCUAAAAAUAGUCACAGUCACAUCAUCACCAUCCAUCAAAUGGUCUUUAAAGAUUAUAAGCAGAUGACAUUGUAAAUAUAGUGGUCAAUGCUAUAAAUGUGUCUCUCCAUAAUUGGUAUUCAUCCAAAACAUGUGAUACCCCUUUAAGCUGUGCACAGUCUGGAGGGAGUUUUAUUGAGUAAUUAAUUGAACCAGGGAACAAAAUGCCCAGCCAAACUUGGGGCCUCCACAGCUCGCUGGAGCAGGAGUUGAUCCCUGCAACUGCUCUCUUGCCUCCAGGCAUUCAGAUGCUGAUGGCUGCUCCCUGGGAACUCCAGGCUACCCUUUCUCCCUUCUGGGGGCUAAGGUGCCUGCCCCAGCAGCUGUCAGCUUUCAGUACCAGAGCACUGCUAGUUUCACCCUGGAGGCCUGGGAGCCCCUCAGCAGCACAUCCUGAAAUGAAGCAAGUGCACCAAAGACACACGAGUCCAUGGGCCGCUGAUACAUUGGUAGCUUCCAACUUGCUAAGACUCUAACCCUUUGUGGCCUUUUUGUUCUUUUUUUGUUGUUGUUCUUUGACAAUACUUUUUAGCCACCCUUACCUGUAAAAUGAAUGACUUGUUUUAAUAAAACCAACUUUUACACUGUUCAUUAAGGAUACUUAUCAUCAGGAGGAUGUGAGUCCAACAGGUCAUUCUACCCUGAUGUGGAAGCAAGAUAGUGGAGGGUUCUACCAGCUGGGCUGGGAAGCCUCACCAGGCCACAGAGGGUUUGAAGAAACCUAAAGCCACAGGUGUGCGGCAGCUGUGAAACGUUACACAAACAGCUGGCAGGGAGGAGAAUCUGUUGUUUUGAAUUCUUUUUUUUUUUUUAAUACAGAGAAAAGUGAGAAAUUUAUGUUAAAGUUCCUUCUUAAAAACCAAAGUUUGAUGGCUGUUCUGAUGCAGCUCUGUCAUUCUAAAAGAAACUGGGGAGGCUACUCUCGCAAACUCAGAAAUUGAUGGGCUUAAUCGGAUGCUUUGAUUUUCCUCAUUUUCUCUCCUUUUUCUUGAGAGGAAUGGAAUCUGCAGAUAAGAUUUCAAAAAUAUCCUCUAAAUUUGAUCUCUCCCAGUAGUGUUUAUGGUCAAAAUCCAUUUCAUCUCCAUGUGUAGUCAUGUUAGAUGCCCACAGUGAAGGACCAUGUUAGAGGCAGUGUUUUAUACUCUAUGUAUUUACGUCGUCUGUAAUGGCCCUCUCUUCUGAAAGUCUUUUAAAAUGUUUGAAAAGCAAUUUCAUCAUUCAAAGCUAUAAAGUGUAAACAUCAUUUUCUCAUGAUAGGAAGUGAUGUGAUAGUCGAUUCUAAAAUAAAAUGAUCCAUCAGAUUAAGAUUUGGGUGAGUGUUGGGUAACCAUGCCACACAGCUCAAGUGAAGGUCAGGAGAGUAGACAGAUUUAAAAAUGUAGCAAACAAAGUGGCUUUUGACCAAGAUCACUUUAAUGUGCACUGAAUGUUUUCUGGUAUUGAGUGUAUAAAAAUGCUAAUGUUACAAGGUUUAUUUUGACUAUAAAAGAGUUUAUAGAUUUGAAUGUAAGGUACUUUGUGUAAAUAUGCCUCGUAGUUAUGGUUACACAAACCCUCAUUUGAAAGAAUUCACAAAUGGUGAGCUACUCGCCACAGAUACCCUUUACCCCUCUUUCCUCACUUUCUCAGUUAUUUUUACAUAAAAUUAUUAUCCCACGUGAAAAUCAUUGUUACAUGUCUUUUGGAUGACAUGAGUGUUUAUAGUCAUUCUCCUUGAUAAUAACCUUCAUACGAAACCAAAUGAAAAGCAUAUGUUUUAUUUGCAGAGAGACUAUGAUUUUAUAGUAGCUUUAAUGUUCUCUUCUGGGUAUCUAAGAAUGUUUGAACGUUCUUACAGCCAUUUGCAGAAUUCUUUGACAAGUUCAUAAUCUCAAUGGAUAGUUUUGAGAAAUGUGAGUAGUCAUGGUUGGUAUUUAGAUGUAUUAAAUCUAAAUGCUUAUGACUUUUCUUCCACUGAGCCAGGGAAGAUGGACCUAUGGCACGAAACACAAGCACAGCAUUAUUAUUUUUUUAAUAUCUAUAUUGGAGAGAAACUUUGAAGUCACCAUAGCAGUUUGUGUCAUGCAACUAAUCUUGAUAGCCCCUAGACAAUAUAGGACUAUUCUCCUCUCUAGGAGCAGUUAUUUGGCCUUUCUGUUCCAUUGUAUGCCUUUUUUUCUUCUUUUUCUAAAGUUCUAUGCGUAAAGCUUCAGAUUGACAAUCCCCGCUGCCUGAGAUGUUCCAUUAUCCAUAGACAUUGCAGUAGAGCAAACUCAGAUUUAAGGAAACAUUUAAAUCUCUUUAUUAAGAAUGCCAACAAGGGGGGUGGUAAGAGGGAGCCCCUGAAGGUACAGACUGGUCAGACUGGUCUGUGUCCAGCCAACCCUUUCUUUAGUCAGGAAGUGGCAUCUUCCUCUGGAGUCUGCCAGCCAGAAAAUGAUCCCCGGGUGACAUGAAAUCUGUGGAAAGGAAUAAACUCAAACAGUGCAGCAUAGUCAGAGUGUUCAGUGUAGUGUAGUUGCUCUAUAUUUUAGAGAAACCCAGUGUUAGUCCUUAAAAAAAUUCGAUAAAGUAAAUGUAGGUUUAAAAUGCCAAACAUACUUUUUAGUUUGAGAUAAGUGCUUUAUUAAGUAAUACUACAGUUUCUCUCUUUUUCCCCUUGCUUUCAAAAGGCUUUUAAAAUUGUCUUUAAAAAUACGGUCAGUCUGGUAUAGAUUUCUGAACAUAAGACUGAUAGGGUUUCUAAAAGAAGUUGCUGAUAAAAUUAGAUCUUUUGUGCACUUCCAGAAAAGGACUAUUUAUAUUUGAAUUUCAUAACAGCCUUACAUUUCUUUUUUUUUUUUCAUCUGUUGAUUCCCUUGUAGACUUGCAUAAUUUAAUCCUGUCCAUUGUUCCAGAUCUCUUGUGGCUACUUAACCUUCUGCUUUUUUAAGAUUUUGUUCUUUUUAUAGUUACCUGUGGGUCAAAGGAAAUACGGUAUUUUUAUUCACUUCUUUACGUAUUUCAAAAGCUUAUUUCAUCCAUUCUUCAUUUCCUGUUGUCACGUAGUUCUAUUUUAACUUAUAUAUUUAGUGUUUUAAGUAUUUCCUUGUGUUAUUCAACAUGAUAAUAAAUCCUUACCUAAAGAGAAGACUAUUUUACUUUAUUCUCCUUAAACAUAAAGGAAGGGUAGUUCAUUGGGAGGAUGCCAAGUGACUGGCAGAGAACAUGGGAAGGGGGAACAGAUGUGGUGCUACAUGAAUGAAGAGAGGCCAGCCGGGUGUGGCUACAGCCUGACUAGGACACCAUUGUCAAGGGCGCCCCCGUGGGCAGUGUAUUAUAAAUAUCGUCCUGCAAGUGGGUAAGUUGCCAUCAGUUUUCCAAGAAAUGGUCUCCCAUUGGCGGCAUAACGUCUACAUUUCAGAGUCCUGAUGGUACUUUUCCUUUCACUUCUUAGGUUUUUCUCUGAAAAUGUCACCCAAGGUUUUGUUUUGUUCAAUGGAAUCAAGGUGAAUUUCUCAUCCUACUAGCUUAGAUAGAUAAGAAGCAGACAUCUCUAUGGAAUAGGGCUUAAUUUGAGCCUCGGGAUUUUUGCUUUUCUCCUCAGUUAUUUUCUGAAUGGAUAAAACUACUCUGAUUUUGGAUGCAGCAGCUUUCCCUCUGGGAAGGAGGCACUAAGGACUUUCAUCAGCAGCUUCCCUUGUGUGUUAGAUUGUGAGGAGCCCAGACCACUCUUGUGAUCAGUUAAGGGGCAGCAGCCCAUCAUCUGGGGGGUAGGGAUGUGCCUGUGUGUGUGCACAUACCUGCUGGAACCAUGCAUGCUCAUAGCAUAUGCUCUAUGGGCAGGUGCUUUUAAUUCUGAGGGGAGCUUUCCCACCACACCUGCAGAUGUGGAGCAGAGUUGCAGCCAGACUUUAGAAAUCAGGGCAUAAUAUUUCUGUUCACAUUUUAUUCAUGGCUUUUUAUUCAGAGUCCCCAAAAUGGAGCACCAUCUGGUUCAGUUUGUAAGUAGAAAAACAAAACAUUCAAAAACAAAAACCCGCCUGGUAUUUUUGAUUUUUAUAUCAAGGCCCUGACGAACAGUAAGCAUCCUCCCUAUGAGCUUGAGAGAUACUUCCAGACCCUCCUGGAAGGGUAGGGUUCCCAAAUUGCUCCCCUUCAGUGGCUUGUCAGCCCUUUUCUCCUGACUAGGAACUUUCACUGGCAUGGAGGGAAGUACCCCCCUUUUUUGGCUAAAUUGGCACUGGGGAGAACCAUAGGGGUACCCAGUAGCGGGGAGAGAGGCACCUGCAGUCUUCUCCCUUUGGCAACAGGGCGUGAAUUAUACAACUUUAGUAAUCACUGAGAGAUUGGUCCUCAGGUCUGUUUCAGGAUGGAGAGGAGAUAGAAGGCCGCCCUUGGGAGAUCAGAGGGCAUUCAGCCCUGGCAUAGGAGUGGAAUGGAGACCCACAUGAACUCAGAAGCCAGGUAUGCAGAAGGUGGUCACUGGGAGUCUGGUGGAGGCAGAGGGGCUCCUAGAGGGCCAACAAUAGACCUAUCUGCUCUGCAGUUUUACUGAGUGGUUGGCUUUGUAAAUACUUCUUGGGCCAGUCCCAAAUGGGCCAGUCAUUCUUGCCUGCUGUGUCCCUGCUGCAUUGUUCAUAAAACCUGUAUCAUACUGAAAGGUGCUUAGAGGCUGGCAAGGUUUUUGCUCCAGGGCAUCCUUAUUUUGUGUUUUUAGAUAUCCUUGAAAUCAAAACCAGAGAAAAUGUAGGGUAUUUUUGGUUUUUUUUGCAAAAAGGCAUACAAUGAGACUAGCGAUCUUAAGAUAACGCACUUACAAAAUCAUCAAUAAAGUUUUCAAAGAAUUUAUGAAGGAAGGGACAUUUUCCUCUCAAGUUAAAAAGUUUCAGAGGUGGAUUUUUGUGUUUUACUGUUCCAAGUUCUAAAAUAAUACGAAUAGCCCCCAAUCUUUAAACACAAGCGGUGCUAAGUUAUACUAGAUAACAUACUACGGAAAGUGCUGAUAUGAAUUAACAAUUUAUCCAGUAAUAAUACAAGAGUUCUUGCUAAAUUACACAUGUGUAUCACUGCCUGAUUAGAAACCCCACUUUUCUUUUCAAAUCCAGCACAAUAUCCAACUGUGAUUCUAUAGCCAGUGUUUUUAAUGGGCAAAAAAGACCCAACACCUUUGUUUUGUAAAAACUUUUUUUUUAAAACACUAACUUCAAAAGUGCUUAACAAAAGGUUUAUUCAGGAUAAUUAAGCAUGUAUGUCCUUUUUUUAAUCUGCUGGAAGAGACGUGCCUCUCCAAUCUAGCAUCCCAAAAAGACAACUUCUUUUAGAAACAGCAUUCACCUAAACAUAGCAGUCUAUGUUAGCCAAGGUAGGUCUGUGCUAGUGUUUCCCACAAUCAUCAUCUAUAAGGGGUGAUGUCCAUCAACGGCGGAAGCCACUUCAUAGGGAAGUGUUCAUAGCAGCAUGAUUUCACUUUUGGUAACCAAGGAAUCCUGUGUAUAUACCUAAGAUUGGCUUCAUUUUAAUAUAUUCUCUGCUCCUCUGCACUUCAGGUUCUUAAGCUAUUUUACAAAUAACUGGGUUUUGGCAGUCACCAACUGAUAUAUAUGUGGCAACUGCUUUCCUGAGCAACCGUGAUGUGUUUGAUGGCUGUUCAAGUUACUAACUUGUUCUUAUAUUGUAGGUAAACAAAGUCUUACUGUUUUUAAAGGUCACUGUAACUUGUUCAAAUUUCUGGCACAAUUUUAUUAGUAAUUCACUUCUGAAGCUAAAAAGAUACAAGUUUUCUAUGUUACUCUCAUUGUAACAUCAAUAAAGUGACUUUCAAUAAAAGAUUUUAUGUUAUUUUGAUGCCCGACUCCGUUUAAUCCUGCUUUUCUCUCCAUCAGUUUCUCUUUAAGAAGCUUUCGUGGUAGUGCUGUUAGGGGCUCUGUUUUCCCUUCAUGCUGCCCUGGAAGGCCUGCCAUCAACACAAUGAGGAGCACAGAGAUCCUUUAGUAAAGGAUGGCCCACUCACUUUGUUGAACAAUUUCCCCAGGUGGGUGGCAGGCGUGGUCUUGUCUUCUAGGCACUUCGUUCCUGGCCCUGACUGAAUCAGUCACUGUAUCCUGACUGAGCGCCCUGGUGGUGGUGCUGGUAGUGGUGGCAGUGCUUAUUUAUAUGCUCUCCUGGGUUAGACUCUAAGGCCUUGGGCCUUGGAUGGACUCCACCUAGGUUCAGGAGUCCACUGCCUAAAACACUAGCCCCCUCAGCUGUCUGCCUCUCACAUAGCCCUUUCAUCUUCUGGUCUCUACCUUGGCACUUAGUUUCCUUGCUGUCAGCUCAGUGUGCUGAGGAAAGAAAUAGUUAUAGGUAGUCAAAGUACUGUUUUAACGUGAGAAAAACAGAAGUCAUUGACAAGGUUUGUAUGUUUAUUAGAUUAAAAAAACCUUCGGGGUGAUUACAUAUAGCUGCAUUUGUUGUAUUUAUAAUAUUUUAGGCACAGAAUCAUCUGGAUGAAUACUGAAAGAAUAACACUCAGCUGAGCAAAAAGCAAAGUCUAGUUGGGAUAAGUACAAGUUUUAGUUCAUGUUGCCUCUCAUGGGCUGAUGGUACCACCUAGAACAUCAUGCUGAAAUGGGAGUCUCACCUCCACUUUGGCUCUACGAGAGUGCAGGCUAUGAUUAAUUAUCUAUGACUGCUGUGGUGCAAAUCUACGCCAGCUGUCCUCAAGGAAGUGCCUGGCUUCCUGUAGCCACAUUCCUACAGAGUGCCUGAAAAGGGUUACAUACAGGUACUUUAACUCUUGCAACACAGUACUAAAAGCACAUAUCUCCAAAUGAAAGCUAAAGCUUAAGCUGGCAGUUUUUGAGGAACUUAAUCUCCAAAUAACUGAACUAGUCCAGCUUGGGUUCACAGCUUGACCAUGCUCCAGCUAGCUGUUUGAAGAAUAGACCAAGAAACAGUUUUAAGAAUUAGGCAAGGCUGCACUAAAAGUUUAUAAUGAAUGGAACACAGAACCCAACAUAAAACAAAUAAUGCAACCCAAGAUUCACUUGUAAUGAAGACUUUGGCUGUAAUUAAAGAAAGGGGAUGGAUAUGUUAAAUUUGUCAAGAGGAAGGAAACAAUUUCUAAGUGCAGGGACAUCCUGAAGACUAGGCUCUGUGCUUUCAGAAAGAAACUGUGAAAGCAGAAAUGGAGGAGAUAAAGAGCCUUGCUAUGAAGUAUCAAUAAUUAAAACUGAGUAUUUCCAGAGACACAGUUUUGUUGAUGCUUCAGCAUUUAUCCAAAAAGCAAAUCCAGAACCAAGACUGAUGCAGCAUACCUUAGGACUUACCUAACCAGUAGGAUAUUUCAAAUAUGGUCCAUAAUCAUGAGCUAGCAAGGGCCUUCCUCCUUACCACAUUAGGGUGACCCAGGAGGUCACCAUUUCCUCAAACUAUCCCUUCUUUAUGGGACUCUGGUGAGACUAAAACCAACUCUGAGGAUGAAUUCCCUCCCUCUCUGGCCCAUUUCUGAACAGCUCUGGCUCAUGCCAAGCUGUGUAUGUAAAAUGAAACCUAGAGUCACCAUGUAACAUAAAGCAGGCUGCAUCACGGUCUGAUAUGCAAGCCCCAGUGUGACUAUUUGAUGUGGAUGCAUAAGCUAAGGUUGUAUAAAUAUUUAUAAAAUUAAUGUAUUGUAGCAAUAUUUGAAAAAAACGUAACCAAGUGAAAUGAGGCUGAAGGUGCUUAGGAAUGUUUUAUUUUUUCAUUGGUUGACAACUAACUGAUCAUCUGAAUUAUAACUCUCACACUAUGCCCUGAAGUAAGACACAUACUCUGCUGGCAGGGAGAAAACAGGUGAAUUUCAUGGUUUCAUGUGCUAUGCUCUCUUGCAGAAAAGAGCAAACCAGGCCAGUUUUAAAAUUUAAGAAACAGAAAUACUAUUUUUAUACCAACACACUUUUUCAUGUUCAGAACUACCCCCAUGGAGUAUUAAUCUACUUUUCAAAGGUGGGGAAGCUAAGAGUAUCUGAGAUGACAAAAAUCACAUAUUCAGGAAGAGGCACAGCCAGCAUGAGAAUCCAGAUCUUAUUUAAAAGCACAUGAUUUAAAAAUUAAAAGAAAAAAAAAAAAGUCUUCCACUACAAGAGUAAUAUUUAUCAGA